AUGGUUGAUCCGCUCGUUCGUCGUUUACUGAACGUGAGGUUUGAGACGAAACGCUUCCUCUCACUUGUCACUCAUGGUGGCCAGGAUUUCCCGGAUGAAGAAGGUCGCAAGUUCAUUGCUGAUCAUUUUGACAUCACUAUACAGGCAUCGUUACUGUACCUUAUAGUGGUGUUUGGUACGAAGUUCUUUAUGCGAAACCGUCAACCAUUUUCGUUGUUUAUCCCACUAAAUAUCUGGAAUUUCAUUCUUGCUGUCUUCUCUAUUUUGGGAAUGGUGAAGAUGUCACCUGAAUUUUGGUCCACACUCAAAGAGAAGGGAUUUCAAAAUUCAUAUUGUUUCGCAUAUGAUUUUACAAAAGGCGAAAAUGGAUACUGGGUGUUCUUAUUCAUAGUUUCCAAGCUUUUCGAGCUGAUCGACACCGUGUUUCUUGUUUUGAGGAAACGACCGCUCAUGUUUCUUCACUGGUAUCAUCACAUCCUCACGGGUAUUUAUGCGUUUGCUUCUCAUCCUACAACACCUGGUUUUAAUCGGUAUGGUAUCUACCUCAACUAUACUGUCCAUGCAUUCAUGUAUAGUUACUAUUUUUUCCGCUCAAUGAAGAUCAGUGUCCCUGGGACCGUUGCGAAGUUCAUAACCACUUUACAAAUUCUGCAGUUCGUUAUUUCAUGUGCUAUCUUAGCACAUAUUGGCUACCUCGUCUACUUUCUAGGGGUUCGUUGCGAUUUUGAUGGUAACAUUUUCGCCUUGGCAACGUUCAUGGAUACGACGUACCUGAUUCUUUUCGUUAACUUCUUCCUUACAUCGUAUGUGAUACGUGGCGGGAAAACAAAGUACCAAACCUCGUCGGCUAAAUUGAAGAAGAUGGACUAG